AUGGAUAGCGAUGAGUAUAAAAAAGAAGUUGAAGCAAAUGUAAAGGCAGAAAAACUUUUACAGUUGCAAAACCAAACCGUACAGUAUGAAAACUUAGCACAAGAAAGUAAAAAUAACGACGCAGCCAUGCAAAAGGCAAUGAAAAGCGCAGAAUAUAUAAAAGCUAAUAAUGACUGGUUAGAUGCCCAAGCCAACGCUAAAGCAGCCCAACUUAUAGGGUCAAUAAGGACAAAAAUACAAGCGGAUGAAGACAGUUCAAAUGAAGCUUUAAUGAAUGCUGACUUUAAGAACGCCUUCGAAGCUCUUCAUAGUAAGGUGAAACUAGUGAACGACUUCUCAUCUGGAAAGAAACUGAAGUCUGAAGGUUUCGACAACGAGUUAAGAGAAGUAGCACAAAAUAUGACGAAAAUAACAGAUGCAGCAACGAGACAGGCAGUUCAAAGUGCCUAUGACGCCGUUAGAGCAACUGUUGUGGAAAGUCAAGAAAAAGAGUUACAACAGACCAAAACAGACCUAGUAAAUGCUUUCUUAAAAACGAAAAGUCAGGUAGGACAUUAUGCUGCAGAUGGAACAUAUGUGCCAGCUGGUGGAACUUAUAUACCACCAAACCCUCCAAGAGAAGCACCUGCACCAGGACUACCUAAAACAUUUACAUCGUCACAUGGACACAGACACAGGCAUGCACCAAAACCAACACAACAACCAACAGUUCAAAACACUGCACCACAACCAACAGUUCAAAACACUGCACCACAACCAACAGUUCAAAACACUGCACCACAACCAACAGUUCAAAACACUGCACCACAACCAACAGUUCAAAACACUGCACCACAACCAACAGUUCAAAACACUGCACCACAACCACAAACAGAGCAAGGACAUAAAAGAAGUAGAGAACAAGGAAACCAAGAAUUCUUAAAAAUGCUUAAGGAAGACUAUGGUUACCCAGAUACUCUUGACUUUAGUGACAGAUAUAAAGAAGCUAUUAGAAAGUUCAAGGAAGGAAAUACUGACCCGAACCUAUUUAGCUUUAUGGUUCAGCACCAAAUGGGAUAUAAUUUCAAACCUGGAAAAUACAAGCUCGCUAAGGGAUAUGAUUUAAUAGCAUAUCAUCCAAAUGACAUGACUGAAUUUACUCCGAGAUAUUUGGU